GAAACUGCAUCUUGGCAACCUUGCCGUUGGGGGCAGUCUGGAGAAUCUGGCAAAGAUGACGAAGUUGAGUAUGCUUGUGAUACAGGAUACCCAGGUAUCCGGCAAUCUCUGGUGUCUGCGACACCUCUCCAACAUGAUCCAUCUGUUCGUCCAGAAUAGCAUGGUCACCGGCACUCUCUCGGCCAUCAAGGGCAUGCGCAACUUGCGGUAUUUGCAAAUCCAGCAUACCAAGGUAGAUGGAAACUUGGCAUCCCUGCAUAAUCUAUCCAAGAUGAUCAUGCUGACAAUGUCUGGGACCAAUGUGAGUGGGGACCUUUCUCACUUGAAGCGCAUGACGAGAUUGAAGUACCUGAAUGCUUUUGGGGCCCGUCUAUCCGGUAGCAUCGACUCCCUGCAGGUGAUGCCAAAGCUGACUAAGCUUGACCUUUCAGGGAAUUCGGACAUCAUUGGUGACAUCAGCAGCCUGACCGGCUUGGACGAUUUGACGGAGAUCAGGCUCGGUUUCACCAGUGUACAUGGCCACUUAUCCACAGAACGUUGGGGGUACCACCUGCGGCGCCUACCGAUCCUGGACUUGACGGCAACACGCUCAGAGUUCCUGCUUGGCAUCGAUGAUUCGUCUGAGCUCAACUUCCUCAGAAGAGUACUAGAUGAUGACAAGGGCGCGAGGUUCAUCUUGCCUUCGUUGAGGACCCUGCAGGUCUCUGGCUGCCCAUUGAAUACCGAUAUGUCGCACUUCCGCACGACGCUUAAGUUUUUCCCGAGUCUUAGAACCAUAGUUGCGGCGAACUGUGGCCUCCACGGAGCCGUGUCGGGCGGGUUCGGUCCCCUCGAGCCUGCUUGGAUGUACCUGGAUCUGUCAGACAACCGCUUUGACACAAUCGACGUACCUGAGCUCCCCAUGUUCUUCAGCAUCGCGCACAAUCGAGCUCGCAAUCAAGGUCUGAUCUUGGAUGAAAACCUCAUAUCCAAUGCACUGCAGAAGGGAUCAUCGCUGGACUUCACGGGGGUGGACUUUGUCAAUUCCCGUGCAGAACCGAAGCAGCUGCUUGCCCGGGGUGUCUUCAAGACGAAACCCCAUGUGAGCACCUUCAACCAGUCAGAUGGAUAUGCGU